AUGUUUCGAAAAUAAUUAAAAUCGGUUGAUGAUAAAAAGACGUAAUGUCAAUCUCCUUAUCGUUUUAAUUUCUUUAAUAAAUAAUUAAAGAGUAGAAAAGAUUAAGAUUAAGGAUAAGCUUAAGAUUUUCUAAUUAGAAGAAGAUAGAAAUUAAAAGAAUCACUAUCAAUAUCAAAUACAUUUAAUUUUGAUGAAUAGUAACUUGCAUCAUUUAAUGGGGUUUUUGUUCAUUCAUAGAAACAACAAUAAGUAAAAGAGAAAUUAGUUACUGAAACAGGAAAUUACGGAUCUUAUAGAAAGCGUAUAGAGACAUUACAUACAUAGCAAUUUUCAGAUGAUGACGCAAUAUUACAUCCUGAUCGAUAAAAUGAAAGAUUAAAAUUGAAAAUUUAUUUUAGUUUUCAGAAGAUGUAAACAAGAUUAGUUAAUUUAAUCAAUCUUAUUUAAUAGAUAGAUGCAUGCUCUUUAAAUAAUUAUAUUUCUGAAAUUUCUUCUGCCAUUAUCGAAAUAAUUGGAGUAUAAAAAUAUUCAAAUAAUUAGGGUCAUUGUAGACAAUAUAAAAGAUUUAUGAUAAAUGAGUGUAUUAGUUUAAUUUUCUAUCUAAUGAUUAAGAGAGGAAUUCUAACAGGUGUUGAUUUAACAAAGUGGGAAAAAUUAAUUAUUUAUAGUCAUUAAGCUAACACUAUUUAAACAAUUAAUUCACUUAAAUUAUAGAUUAGAGGUGUUCAAUAAUAUUAACAUCAAUUUCAGUCAUUUUAAAGUAUGAAUCCUUUAAUUCCUUAUCAAAUUGAAAAGAUGAAUUUAUUAAUUGAAUAAAAUAUUGACAAAUUGUUAAAGUACAUCUUCAAAAUAUGAAGGAAUACAUAAGAUAAAUAAGUUCAUUAGCAUAUUCAAGCUUAUCGGGAUUCAUAAAUAGAUGCUGCUUUUUAAUUUUACUAAUAAAAACUUAAAGUGAUCUUAGUAAAUCUAGAAAAAUUUUUAUUUUUGCUUCCUAAAAAUUCUACAGUUUAUACCUUAGUAUUAGAUUUAGAUGAAACAUUAGUGCAUUUUAUAGAAGAAACCCAAGAAGUAUUAAUAAGACCCUAUACAGGGAUAUUUUUAGAAUAAAUGGGAAAACAUUUUGAAAUUGUAAUAUUUACAGCAGGAAAAUAGUCAUAUGCAGAUAAGUAUUUGAUUCUUAAAUUUAAAGGAUUAUUGAUAAAAUAGACAGUAUGAAUUCAGUAAAAUAUAGAUUAUAUCGACAUCAUACAUUUUCAUAAGGAAAUGUAUUGUUAAAAGAUUUAAGCACUUUGGGAAGACCUCUUUCCAAAACUAUUAUUGUAGAUAAUAACCCUUACAAUUUUGUUUUAUAGCCACAUAAUGGCAUAAAAAUAAAACCUUGGGUUGGAGAUGAAAAAGAUAGAGCUUUAGUUGAAUUAAUGCAAUUCUUGGUGAAAAUAAUUAAAUAUGAAGAUAUCAGAAUUGGUCUAAAAGAAUUGAAAGCUAACCCUAACUAUUUUACAACUUCUUUCUGA